AUGAACUGUGAUGCUAUCAAGACAGACAUCAGGUACUGUCAGAGCAUUGGCAAGAAGGUUCUUCUGUCCAUUGGCGGACACUGCGCCGGUGGCGAGCCUUGCAGUUAUGAUGUCUUGGACGAGGAAGAGGGAGAAGCCUUCGCCGAACAGCUCCACUCCAUCUUCGGCCCGUACGAUCCUACCUACUCUGGCCCUCGUCCCUUUGACAUCAGCGAGACGGAGCAUGUGGCCGUCGAUGGCUUCGAUUUUGACAUUGAGUUCAAGUACCCCAACCAAGCGCCCUACAUCAGGAUGGUUGAGGUCCUUCGCGCCCUCAACCCUGCUUACUACAUCACAGCUGCCCCCCAGUGCCCUACUUCCGAUGAGUACUUCCAACUGAAGGAGCUUGUCUACGCCGCCCAGUUCGAUGCCUUGUUCAUCCAGUUCUACAACAAUCCUGGGUGCCAGGCUUCUGACAAUAUCAACUAUGAUGAUUGGCUGAGGGUCCUGUCGGAGACCGACCAGAGCAAGGACGCACACAUCUUUAUCGGCCUGCUGGCGAGCCCUGCGGCAGGUGGCAGUGGCUAUGUCGACAACGAGCAGGUGAAGGAAAUUGUCUGCGCGCUUAAGGACAAGAGUCAGUUUGGAGGCCUAUCCUUUUGGGACGCGACGAGGGGCGCUCAGAACGUCAUUGAUGGCAAGAACUUCAAUGAACACGCUGCCGACGCGCUCGAGUUUGGAUGCGACUCUGCGCCUCCCACCGGACCUACCACUACCAGUAGUCGUUUGCCAUCCAACUCAACGAUUACGGCGUCAAUCACCGUGUCCUCCUCGUCCGUUGGACCCACCAGCACUACGUCCUCCGACUCUGUCGAGCUUACCACAAGCACCGUAUACGCCACGAGCACCCGCACCAUCACGUCCUGCAACCCUGAUGUGCCCUGCACCAAGGGGGAUGUCGUUACGGAGACCAUUCCCUUGUACACGACCGUUUGUCCUGUCAUGGAGACUGGCGAUGGGACCCCGACACCCGCCAUCACGUCAGCUCCUGUCACGUCAGCACCCGUCUGGACGACGAGUACUGCCUACACGACUAAGACAUAUACCGUCACCUCCUGCGCUCCUGAUGUGGCAUACUGCCCUUCUGGCCAGGUCACGACUGAAGUCACAUGGUACACCACCGUCUGCCCUGCCACGGGUGACGUUCCACAGGGACCGAAGACGGAUGCUCCUCAGCCACCCAAGCCUAGCGGCGGACCUCACGUUCCCCAUAAGGGCAACGAGGAGGACUCGCCCCCGAAGGAAAGCGGCGAACCAAUUCCUCCGGUGAAGAAGCCGUACACGACCAUUGUGAUUCCGCCUGCAGGUCUUGGGCACAACGCUACGGGCUCGCAUGCGCUACCGAAGCCGAGCCACAUCGUAGAGGCUGGUGCCGGAAAGACCGGGAUGAUCAGCGCAGCGGCUCUCGCCGUCGUUGUCGCUGGGCUUUUGCUGUAG